AUGAGCCAAAUGCUUGUCCAUGAUGGACCGCCUCCCGUGAGAAAUGGAUACGUGGCUUGCCGAUCAGCUCCUUCUGGUGGUAGAGAUGUCCACUCCUUGCGAGCAUCUUCCUUGAAGCUGAAUCGGCAAACUCCACCAACACAGCAGCAGCAAAUUCAGAACCACCAUCAGCCAGUAAAACUAAAGUCGGUUCGCUCGUACCACCAAAUGGAAGUCACAACAAAAACAACCACUUCACCUGGUCAUGGCUCAUCUACUGGAGCAAGACGGCGCUCUAGUUUGCUUCGAAGAAGUCGCAGUUAUGGCGCCUCUUCCUUCAACAAGACAUUGGGGCCAUCUUCCUCUUCAGCAGAGUCUCCACCCUCUGCUACAAACUCCACUUUUGCAAAGACAUCCGACAAGGAAAAAGAAAAAGCGUCUCCCGUUCCACAUCACAGUUGGAGACGUGCCCUCCCACCUCUCAACAAUAAUAAUAGCAGCCUAUCCAAGAUUCCCUCCUCCUCUCCUGUCUUGACUCACAAUACCAAGAGAGCUUCCCUUCCGACAAUAACCAAUCACAACAGUCACAAUCACAACAGCAUGAAAGAAAAGAAACCAACAAUGCACUCGUCCUCGGAUCAUGGCCACAACUUGACACUAUCCUACAAUCAGCACUGGGCACAACACUAUUGCACCCAAAAAUACACUUCUUCGUCCAUUCACAAGAGACGAGUUUUGUACCGCCUUUUAGGUGUCUGCAUACUCUUGGGCAUUGCGGGCUUUGCAGUCUCGAUUGUACUGUCCAGGGAUCAUACCGACACCACAACAACCAUUUUGGCAAACGAUCCCAGCACUACCGAGCAACCACCAGAGGACGCUUCAUCCGUCAAACGACCCACAUCCAAAGCCAACUCUCGUCUCCGCAAUUCCCAAUCCCAACUCAAACGAUCCUUUACCAGCCUCUUGCUCGCUAAAUCCAUCACCACCACCGAUCGAUUACAGGAUCCAUUUAGUCCAGCAUCGGCCGCCUUGGAUUGGCUCAUUGAUGUUUCGACGCAUACUUGGCAACAAUCCGAUCAGGACAUUAUUUCACGCUUUUCCUUGGCGUGUCUCUUUUUUGCCACCCAUACCACCGGAAGUCUCUGGAAAGUGGAGACCCAUUGGAUGACAUCCAUGAAUGAUGGUGGGGUUCAUGUCUGCGAUUGGUACGGGGUCGCUUGUGCGCAUUACCAAGUCGGACCGCAGCAAGUGGAAGAAGUCGUGACUCAGGUCAAUUUGACCAAAAAUCAACUGCAGGGAACCAUCCCGGAAGAAUUUUGGAAUGGAUUGGCCCGUGAUUUGGUCCUGAUUGAUUUGAGUGACAAUCAACUCUGGGGGACAUUACCUGACGGGGAUCAUUGGUGGAGUCGAGGCAUGUUUCCCAAUUUGCAGACACUGUACCUCCACAACAAUGCAAUGACGGGGACGAUUCCCUUCAAUUUGCAAUCGACCAAGACAAUAUUACAAAAGACCAAUCUCAAGCACGCGUCGUUGAAACACAAUCAUUUUCAAGAAUUGCCUGGAAGAUCGGAGGAAGCCGUUCAACAACGAACAAGACAACGACGAACCAAACGACGACAAGACGACGGGGAUCCAUGA